AUGGAUAAAUAUCGUGUACCAAAUCGUGCAAAUCUGUUGCGUGCACGUGAAUAUGGUCUCGAAACUUCUUUUAUUCAUAUUGAACAAACACGACGUCUUGCUGAUUUUACUCUAUGUAAAUAUCGCAAUUUAACUUCUUAUCAUCAUUCAUCAAUAUCUACUAUGAAUCUCGAUCAAUCUGAAUCUCGAUACCUGUUAUCUGGUGGUUCUAAUGGACAUAUAUGUUGUCAUGAUAUGUUACCGUCUAGUCUUGUCACUACACAUCCAAUUGUAUUUCAAAUUGAUCGAAAUUCUAAUCGAGAUCAUCAUACACAUAAUAUAUGUUCGCUCUUAUGGUAUCCAAAUGAUAAUGGUUUAUUUGUAACUCUUGGUCUAGAUAAAAAACUUAAAAUAUGGGAUACAAAUCAAGUGAAAAUGGUUGAUGAAUAUGAAUUUAGCAAUUUUGCUUAUUCUGCUCAUAUGCCAUCAACAGCAAAUGCAUCAGUUAUUGCUGUAGCUCAUGAAAAUGGUGAUUUACGUUUAAUUGAUAUUCGAUCCGGUUCCGAUUCACAUGUAAUUCAUUCACAUACUAAAAAAGGAAUAUGUCUAGUUAAAUGGUUUAAUAACAAUCCAAACUUAUUAGCAAGUGGAGGAGUUGAUGGUCGCGUGCUAUUUACUGAUGUUCGUAGUUCACGUGCACAUUACAUGUCACUUGAUCGUGAUAAUAUUCUAACCAAUAAUGAACAAAUAAAAUCUCGUCAAACAACAGUAUCUUCAGUAGCUCAUCAUCGUGGUGUAAAAUCAUUAGAAUUUCUACCAGAUAAUACACAUUUAUUAACUGUUGGUGCAGAUGAUCUUAUGUAUUUAUGGAAUGUAAAUAAUGGUCAACGUUUACUUGUUAAUUAUGGACCAAUAACGACAAAUAAUGUACGUAUUUUAACAAUUGCAUGUGCACAAAUGAAACAUGAUCGAACAAAAAGUGUUGUUUAUGUACCCUGUGGAAAAUAUGUUCGUGUUUAUGAUAUUUUAACUGGACAACGUUUAACAACUUUAAGCGGACAUUUAAUGCCUGUUAGUACUUGUAUAUAUAAUCGUUUAUCUGUCGAACUCUAUUCAUGUUCGGAUGAUAUACUUGUCUGGGGUGCUGUUAAAAAACAACAGGAAGAUUAUGAAAUUUCCAUGAAAAAUCCAGAACGUAGAAAUGAAGCAACGAAAACAUUAGCACAAAUUUUAAAUCGAGAUCAAUGGAGUGAUGAUGAAGAUGAAGAUUAA